AUGAAACAAGACUCAUCAGAGGAAAUUACUAUUGAAUUUAACACCCUAGAUAGAAGUACAACAGGCCGAGAGUCUCUUCCGGUUUCACCUUCUAAUGAGCAUGAUACUACACCCAUGAUAACUAGGAAGAGAGAAAGUAUUGAUGAUGAAAGCAAUUCCUCGACGCGUUUCGAUCCAGCACUCAUUCAUCAUCACUCAUCGGGAAGAGAUUGGAUGAACCGACUUAAAACAUGGCUUGCCACCUUGAACGAGCCCACUACUCGUCCAAAGUGGUUUUCGUUCAUUUCUCCACAAGGAAAGGAUUAUUUGCAAGCAAUAGCAAGGGCAAAGCAAGAACAAAGAGCCUUGGAGGCUUCAUCAUCCUCUGCUACUCCAACACCAAAUUUAGUUGCAUCCUUGUACAAGUUUGAUGUACAGAAUAACUCUGUGGCUGAGAAUUAUAUAUUGUCACCAUUUUGGAAUUAUUUAACAGCAAACGUUUUUCCGGAAUGGCUUGCUCCUAACACUAUCACUUUAACCGGUUUUAUUUGCAUGGCAUUGGCAUUUGCUCUUGCAUUGAUUAAUUUUUAUUCUUUUAUUGCAAACCCAGAAACAAACCCCUAUACAUUUCUCUAUAAUUUUGGCUUGGUUUUAAUUUCAAUAUUAAUUUUCCUUUAUAAUACUUUUGACGGUUGUGACGGAAAACAAGCAAGAAGAACAGGAAGCAGUUCUCCUCUUGGAGAAGUUUUUGAUCAUGGUGUCGAUGCGCUUACCAUGUCAAUUUUGUGUUUGUGCUUUUUAAUUGCACUAGGGGAGACUCCUUAUAAGCCAUCUGCUUUAUCAUCUGAGACAACCACAUUCUUUAGCGACAUUGGCCGAGUAACAUUGCACCUCAUUAUGAUGUUUGCAUUUUACGGGGCACAUUGGGAACAUUAUCACACUGGAAGAUUUUACAUGGGCUUUGUCUCUGCUAGUGACGGUCAGUUCGCCGUAGUUGGAGUGCAUUUAGCCUCGUGUAUUUAUAACCUCUUUCAAAGUGGCUCAAACGUUGUUGGUUUUGGACAACAAACUAUUUUGGGAAUGAGUUUGGCGUUUUGGAUCAUUUUAAUCACCACCAUGGGCACCUUAGCAUCACCAGCUUUUGCCGUGUUCCAUGUGUUAAAACAUUACAGACAACGCUCCAAAAACUUGGAAAGUGAUCUUUCGAACUCACAUAAUAAUUCACAAGAAGAAACCUUCCCGAACGAGCCUAAUUUAGAUUUGGAAUCUGGCUCUUCCAUUUCAACUCAACAAUUCAAAAAGUACAGCAUUCUCAAAAUGUCCCAAGAGUUAGGAAAUGCUGUUCUUGAUUUAUUGGUAGUAUUCAUUUUCUUUGCAGUUUAUUUCUCAAUGACCUUAAUCUCGAGAAUUAUUCCUGCAGAUGUUGCUGGAGACAACUCAUUUUAUCAAACAAAUUGGAUUUCUAUUUAUGUUGUUGGAGCUCUUACCUUUGGCAUUUAUCUUACCACCAUGAACAUUGCACGUGUGACAAAUCAUCCAUAUCCAAGAUUCACCAAACAAUAUGUAAUUAUGCUCCUUCCAAUGAUCAUAUUUGUUUUGAAUGGACUGACUAUGAUUUUUUCAUCAAAAGGACCUCUCAUUCCUGCAAAAGGAUUGCUUAUUUUCAAUUUAGUGUGGUCCUCAAGCUUUUAUCUAUUCUUUGCUGUGUCAGUCGUCUGGGAAUUUUGUAAAGGCCUUAAUAUUUAUGCAUUUAGACUUUCUCCAGGAUCCUCAACACUCUCAUCAAAUAGCCAGAACUCAUCUUCAAUCCAAAGAGAUGUAUCAGCAAGUACUUCAUCUCCCCAAAUUUUGCAAGAGAGUGACGACGAAGAAGAUGAUUUGGAAGCUCAAACCAAUAAGCGCUCAUCUCCAAGAGCCUCCCAACUCAUCGAGCAAUUGUAA